AUGAGGUUUCAGCAUGGUAUUGUGGUAUUUACUCUCUUGAGGGUUGUGAUAGGGUUUUCUGAUCAACUUUAUGACAAAUUUAUUCAUUAUGCACGUUAUUCUGCUCUAUCAGCAUGUAUCACACAUGGGAACUUAUCAGAAGGUUGGCUACAUAAGGGUGCUUGUCAUUUAAAUUUUUGUCAUUCUGAUGAACGAAAUAUGGGUGCACAGAUUAUCAGAAAUGCAACGAAUGAUGAAAGUGGUACAGGAUUCAUCACUUUGGAUAAAAAGAAUAAGGAAAUAAUUGUUUCAUUUAGAGGUUCAGUUACUAGAACUGAUUGGGCGAGUGACCUACAAAUGAUUCCAGUUGAUUAUAAGUCUGUUACAAAAUUGAAGCAUGUUCGUGACUGUAAAGGUUGCAAAGUUCAUUAUGGAUUUAUCAAGAACUUGGAACAGAUUUCGGAAUCCUUAGUUAGACCAAUUGAUGAAUUGUUUGCGAAGCAUCCUGACUACAAAUUGGUCCUUACCGGUCAUUCUCUAGGUGCAGCUUUAGCAAUAUUAGUUGGUAUUGAAUUUAGAAUGAAAGGUUAUAAGCCAUUGGUUUUGUCUUAUGGCUCACCACGUUUAUUUAAUUCUUUAAUGGUUGAUUGGGUCAAUGAAAUUUUCGAAACUGAUGAACUUUCCAAAAGAAUUAGUAAUUGGAAAGACGUUGACUGGGGUUUAAUUAGAUUAGUUCAUGAUGAAGAUUUUGUUCCAAUGUUGCCACCAACUUUCAAACCAGCAGGUGUUGAAUUUUUCAUAAAGAAGAAAGAUUUGCCUCAUUUAAAAUCUGAUAUUGAAUUUAGAGGUGCGAAUUAUAUUGAAAUCACUAAUAAGACAAGACAAAAAGUGUUGGACCUUUUACAUGCUUAUGAACAUCGAACAUACUUGAUGACAAUCAACAAAUGUGACAAUUUUUGA